AUGUUUCUAACGCAUCUAUUUUAUCUAUCUAUCUAUCUAUCUAUCUAUCUAUCUAUCUAUCUAUCUAUCUACCACAGUCUGCAAAUAUCGAUCUUUCUCUCUCUCUCUCUCUCUCUCUCUUUAUCUAUCUAUCUAUCUAUCUAUCUACAUAGAGAACAUGUUUUUGUGCAAACACGACUUACAUUAUCUAUCUAUCUAUCUAUCUAUCUAUCUAUCUAUCUAUCUAUCUAUCUAUCUAUCUCAGUCUGUUCAUAUCUAUCUAUCUAUCUAUCUAUCUAUCUAUCUAUCUAUCUAUCUAUCUUAAUCGGUUUCUAUCUAUCUAUCUAUCUAUCUAUCUAUCUAUCUAUCUAUCUCAUUCUGUUCAUAUCUAUAUAUGUCAGUCUGUUCAUAUCUAUCUAUCUAUCUAUCUAUCUAUCUAUCUAUCUAAUUCCGUUCAUAUCUAUCUAUCUAUCUAUCUAUCUAUCUAUCUAUCUUAAUCGGUUUCUAUCUAUCUAUCUAUCUAUCUAUCUAUCUCAUUCUGUUUAUAUCUAUGUAUGUCAGUCUGUUCACAUCUAUCUAUCUAUCUAUCUAUCUAUCUAUCUAUCUAAGUCGGUUUCUAUCUAUCUAUCUCAUUUUCUUCAUAUCUACCUAUGUAUCUUAUUCUGUUCAUAUCUAUAUAUGUCAGUCUGUUCAUAUCUAUCUAUCUAUCUAUCUAUCUAUCUAUCUAUCUAUCUAUGUAAACUACCCUCUAAAUUAUUCUCACUCUCACUCUGUCUAGCAACCGUCGUGAUGAGUGUCGUGUUCUCUCACUGCUGA